AUGGCGAUAUUCGAAUCCAAAAGCGACGUCGAGUCGAACGGCGAGAAGAAGGAUGUGUCUCGCGGCUACGUAGGGGCGGCCGGCGUUCACCAAGAGGACUUCGCGGCGGGAACCAGCACGUAUGCGAAACUCCAGAGGUUAGCGGGCAAAUUCGGCGUCGAACAGCGAGGCAUUGAGAGGGUUCCGGAAGACGAGCGGAUAAACGACACCAUCGCCAACGUCGGGACGCUGUGGUGCAGCGCGAACAUGGUUGUGUCUAGUUUCGCCAUCGGCGUCCUCGCCAUCCCGGUAUUCAACCUCGGCUUCCUCGAUACAGCUCUGACGAUCAUCUUCAUCAACGCUCUCGGCAUCAUGCCCGUGUGCUUCUUCUCGACUUUCGGUCCCAAGUUCGGUCUCCGGCAGAUGGUUCUCUCUCGCUAUUGGUAUGGGUACUAUGCGGUUAAACUGAUUGCCGUCUUCAACAUCCUCGCAUGUCUGGGUUGGUCUUCAGUCAACACCAUCGUCGGCGCUCAACUCUUCCAUGCCGUGAACAACGAUAUGCCAGGAUGGGCCGGCAUUCUUGUCAUCGCCAUAGCGACUCUGAUUAUCUGCACCUUUGGUUACCGGAUCGUUCAUACUUACGAGCGGUUUUCUUGGAUUCCAUGCUUCAUCAUCUUCCUCAUCGUCCUCGGCGUCUUCGCUCACUCGGGCAAGUUCAACAACAUGCUACCGCUGAACUCGGGCCCUUCCGAGGCGGGCUCUGUCCUCAGCUUUGCUGCGAGUGUAUUCGGCUUCGCCACUGGAUGGACGUCUUACGCCGCAGACUACACCUGCUACUACCCGGCCUCCACCCCGCGCCUGCGCGUGUUCCUCGUCACCUUCACCGGCCUCUUCUUCACCCUCUGCUUCACCGAGCUCCUCGGCGCCGCCGUCAUGACCGCCAGCGUCCAGGACCCGGUCUUCAGCGAGGCCUACUCCGCCUCGGGCAUCGGCGGCCUCCUCGCGGCCGUCCUCGUCCCCCGCCUCGGUGGCUUCGGCCAGUUCUGCCUCGUCGUCCUCGCCCUCUCCAUCAUCGCCAACAACUGCCCCAACAUCUACUCCGUCUCCCUCUCCCUCCAGGUCCUCUCCCGCCACACCGCCCGCGUCCCCCGCUGGGUCUGGGUCUUCGCCGGCACCGCCGUCUACAUCGCCAUCAGCGUCCCCGGCUACGACCGCUUCGAGGCCUGGCUCGAGAACUUCAUGCUCAUCAUCGCCUACUGGCUCGCCAUCUACGAGGGCGUCAGCGUCACCGACCACGUCCUCUUCAAGCGCGGCAUCGCCGGCUACGACAUCGACGACUACGACGUCCCCUCCCGCCUCCCGCCCGGCUUCGCCGCCAUCACCGCCUUCCUCAUGGGUGUCAUGGGCGCCGUCCUCGGCAUGUCGCAGACCUGGUUCACGGGGCCCAUCGGAAAGCUUGCUGGCGGCGCGCUCGGCGGCGACAUCGGGUUCGAGCUCGCCUUCUUGUUUGCGUCUGUUUCCUACGCUAUUCUGCGUACGGUUGAGAGGCGGAUUUUCAAGAGGUAG